AUGCCGCACGGCUGGUGGUGCUGGGCUGGACUAGCCAAGGACUGCCGUCGGGCUCUAAAGGAACCAACACCACUUCCAGAGGAGUUUGAGUUACAAGGAUUCUUGGCUUUGAGACCUUCUUUCAGGAACUUGGAUUUUUCCAAAGGUCAUCAGGGUAUUACAGGAGACAAAGAGGGUCAGCAACGACAAAUACGACAGCAGCGUUUGAUCUCUAUAGGCAAAUGGAUUGCAGAUAAUCAGCCAAGGCUGAUUCAGUGUGAAAAUGAGGUAGGGAAAUUGUUGUUUAUCACAGAAAUCCCAGAGUUAAUACUGGAAGACCCCAGUGAAGCCAAAGAGAACCUCAUUCUGCAAGACACAACCAUCAUAGAGUCCCUGGCUGCUGAUGGGAAUCCAGGACUGAAAUCAGUGCUGUCUACAGGCCGAAAUCUAAGCAACAACUGUGACACAGGAGAGAAACCAGUGGUCACCUUCAAAGAGAACAUUAAGCCACGAGAAGUGAACAGAGACCAAGGAAGAAGUUUCCCUCCCAAAGAGGUAAAAUCUCAGACAGAGUUAAGAAAGACUCCAGUGUCUGAAGCCAGGAAAACACCUGUAACUCAAACCCCAAGUCAAGCAAGUAACUCCCAGUUCAUCCCCAUUCAUCACCCUGGAGCCUUCCCUCCUCUUCCCAGCCGGCCAGGGUUCCCGCCCCCAACAUAUGUUAUCCCCCCUCCUGUGGCAUUUUCUAUGGGCUCAGGUUACACCUUCCCAGCUGGUGUUUCUGUCCCAGGAACCUUUCUUCAGCCUACAGCUCACUCUCCAGCAGGAAACCAGGUGCAAGCUGGGAAACAGUCCCACAUUCCUUACAGCCAGCAACGGCCCUCCGGACCAGGGCCAGUGACCCAGGGACCUCAACAGCCUCAGCCACCUUCCCAGCAGCCCCUCCCACCUCUACCAGCUCCGCCAACAGCACAGACUGCAAGCCAGCUGCAGGUUCAAGCUCUAGCUCAGCAGCAACAGUCCCCUACAAAAGCUGUGCCGGCUUUGGGGAAAAGUCCGCCUCACCACUCUGGAUUCCAGCAGUAUCAACAGGCAGAUGCCUCCAAACAGCUGUGGAAUCCCCCUCAGGUUCAAGGCCCAUUAGGGAAAAUCAUGCCUGUGAAACAGCCCUACUACCUUCAAACCCAAGACCCCAUAAAACUGUUUGAGCCGUCGUUGCAACCUCCUGUAAGGCAGCAGCAGCCUCUGGAGAAAACAAUGAAGCCUUUCCCCAUGGAGCCAUAUAACCAUACCCCCUCAGAAGUCAAGAUCCCGGAGUUCUACUGGGAUUCUUCCUACAGUGCGGCAGAUAACAGAGCUGUGAUGGCACAGCAAGCCAGUGUGGACCGCAGGGGCAAACGGUCCCCGGGAGUCUUCCGUCCAGAGCAGGACCCUGUGCCCAGGAUGCCGUUUGAGGACCCCAAAGGCUCCCCUCUGCUUCCUCCGGACCUGUUAAAGAGUCUGGCUGCCUUGGAGGAAGAGGAAGAGCUGAUUUUUUCUAACCCUCCUGAUCUUUACCCAGCUCUGCUGGGACCUCUCGCCUCUCUUCCUGGACGAAGCCUCUUUAAAUCCUUACUGGAGAAGCCCUCAGAGCUCAUGUCACACUCAUCCUCUUUCCUGUCCCUCACCGGAUUCUCCCUCAAUCAGGAACGAUACCCAAAUAACAGUGUGUUCAAUGAAGUAUACGGGAAGAACCUGACAACCAGCUCCAAAGCAGAACUUAAUCCCUCAGUGGCUCCCCAGGAAACAUCAUUGUACUCCCUUUUUGAAGGGACUCCGUGGUCUCCAUCUCUUCCUGCCAGUUCAGAUCAUUCAACACCAGCCAGCCAGUCUCCUCAUUCCUCCAACCCAAGCAGCCUGCCAAGCUCCCCUCCAACACACAACCACAAUUCUGUCCCAUUCUCCAAUUUUGGACCCAUUGGGACUCCAGAUAACAGGGAUAGGAGAACUGCAGACCGCUGGAAAACUGAUAAGCCAGCCAUGGGUGGGUUUGGCAUUGAUUAUCUCUCAGCAACAUCAUCCUCUGAGAGCAGUUGGCAUCAGGCCAGCACUCCAAGUGGCUCCUGGACAGGCCAUGGCCCAUCCAUGGAGGAUUCUUCUGCUGUCCUCAUGGAAAGCCUAAAGUCUAUCUGGUCCAGUUCCAUGAUGCAUCCUGGACCUUCCGCUUUGGAGCAGCUGUUAAUGCAGCAGAAGCAGAAACAGCAGCGGGGACAAGGCACCAUGAACCCUCCACACUGA